GAGAAGGACGCUGUGUAGUGAAAUGUAUGACGGUAGGGGGAUCCUAUAACCAUUGUCCUCUUACACUGUUACUGAAUCAGCCCGUGUCUGUGGGAGAAGAUGAUGCGGACUGUCGUGUUUUGCGGCAGCAUCUUGCCUCUGCACCUUUUCCUCUGUGUCCAUUCCCUGCCGGUACAUGACCGGAGGACUGCCAGCAGGUCCAAGCAGCCACAGGGAUGGCCUCACAGCAACAGUCAAACUGGCCUGAAGAAGAGGGGCCGGCAUGAACAAGACACACUAAAUGAAGAGUACCAUUUGAAGUCUGUACCGGGAUCCAAAAAUGACACAGAGUUCUGGAAGCGCCCUCGCUGUGGAGUCCCAGACUAUCCCACCUUAAUGAAGGUUGACCUUUUGUACUACAACCUGAAGAAGAAGAAGGGAGGCCUGAGUAGACAGCAGCGCAGGAAGCGAUUUGCACUGUUUGGAGGGCGCUGGGAAAAGACUGACCUCACUUAUAAGAUUGUGCGGUUCCCCUGGCAGAUGAGUGAGGGCAAAGUGCAGCGUGUCUUCCAGGAUGCAUUCGGUGUAUGGAGUGCAGUGACUCCACUAAGGUUCAGAGAGGUCACCACUGAAAAAGCUGAUAUCAUUAUUGACUUCAACAGGUACUGGCAUGGGGACAGCUUACCAUUUGAUGGUCCUGGAGGAAUCCUCGCUCAUGCCUUUUUCCCCCGGACACACAGAGAGGGAGAAGUCCACUUUGACUACGAUGAACAUUGGACAAUGGCCAACAAUGUGGGCACCGAUCUCCUACAAGUAGCAGCUCAUGAGUUUGGCCAUGUCCUGGGCCUGCAGCACUCUCUGGAGCCCGAUGCUGUGAUGUGUCCUUUCUACAGCGACUCCUACCCUCUGCAGCUGAGUGAGGAUGACAAGAGGGGUAUUCAGUAUCUGUAUGGCCCUCCUCGGCACGCACCGCCAGAGUUGACGGAGACCAAUGAGAUUGACAUUGGAAUGGCGGAUGCCUGCAGAACAAACUUUGAUGCUGUGUCCAUGAUCAGGGGAGAACUGUUCUUCUUUAAGUCUCGAUAUGUUUGGCGUAUCCGUGAUGGGCAGUUACAAGCUGGCUAUCCAGCCUUGGCUUCACGCCACUGGAGAGGCAUUCCUGACCACAUCGAUGCUGCAUAUGAAGACAAGUCUGGCAACAUCUGGUUUUUCCAAGGUGACAACUACUGGGUUUUUGAUGCUGAGAGGAAGAUAACAGGACCGGAUUCAGUUCAGCGGCUGGGUCUUCCUGUAACAGAUAUCCAAGCAGCUUUGAAGUGGGAAGAGGACAGUGUUGAGAAAGUGUACCUCUUCAAGUCCACUUCUUACUGGCCCUUCAAUCCUCAGGAGAAUCAAGUCGAUAAUGUCCAUCCUCACAGCGUGCGUAAGUGGGGAGGAGUGCCCAGCCAUAUUGAUGCAGCCUUUCGGGACAUAUACGGCUAUGCCAACUUCCUGAGUGGGCUGCACUAUUGGAAGUUUGACCCUGUGGCGUUGAAGGUGGUGGAAGGCUACCCCCGCAACAUUGGCGUGGAUUUCUUUGGCUGCUCUGCCUUUCUGUCUAAAUAAGUUCAUACAUAUAACUGCAAAAUUUGUAUGUUGCUUUUUCAGCUUAAUUCCCCAUACAGAACAUUCUAGCUAUUUUGGAAAUAUAAUCAAAGCUGAUGUAUUUUGUUAAGACGACUCCAAAUAAUUUUUUGACAGCAAUGGAUUUGCAAUGGAUGGAUGGAUUGCUGGAUAGAUGUAAAUGGUUUCUAAUUUACUGCAAGUUCUCAAUAACAGUCACACAGUAGUUGCCUACAUUCACAGGAAUGAUCAGUUUGAGAUGAGAAUAAUUCCCCAAACCUAACCCAAAUAGCUUAAAUUGUGAGUAACUCCAUUAUAGAUCUCAGAGGAACAGUACUGCUGCACUGACCUCUGUGAGUUGAAAGGUUCAAGUCUGUAGUGAUGCCUUAUAGUGUACUAGUACAGUGGUUGUGUUGUGGAAAGAAUAUUUAGCCUCCAGAAACUGGCAGUGCAAGCAGGAUUAUUAGGCUGGGUUCAUGUACCCUUUAAUUUGUGGAGUAGAAAAAAAUAGCCAAAUCAAGCAAGACCUUGUUUACUAGCAAAGUUGAGGGAUGUAUUAAGGCUUCAGUAUGCUUCAAGGGACUAGGCUGUACAAUGUGCUUGACCAAAUCUAAAUGCAAAUAUGAUUAUAUUUGUUCUGAGUGCCCACAUCAAAAGGACAGGUACAAAGCCUACCUCUCCUUGGCUCCAUCUAGGGUCAAAUACUGACCCUAGAUGGAGAACUGAGAUCAAUAUUUCACAGAAAUUCUUGACAAAAUCUGCUCCCGUUUCCUGGAAAAAUACCAUCGGAAACCAGAGAUUGUUGGCAUGUCUUCUUGACUGUCUGUUUACACCCAUGUGUUCAAGUACUAAAGACCACUGUUGCGCAAGUUUCUUUAAAAAUGAAACUUGCGUUUUAUCUUGUGUUCCUCAUUACAUAUUACUUGUUGAAAAAGUAAUUACAAUACUUAACUAAUUACUCAACAGCAAAACUAAUUAGUUCCAUAACUUGUAACAUUACUUUUUGUUACCUAACACAGCACCAUCAAAGGUGUGUUUAAGUCUCUAAAGCCUCCACACUCACUUGUUGCAUCUUCUGUAUUUAAUGUGUAGAAAUAGAAAAACAAGACAUUG